AUGAGCAACCCGCUGUCAAGCACAGGCCUGCAUGAGCAGCAAGAAGAAAGCACUCCAUACGCUGACAUAAAGCAGGAGCUGUACAGGUCAGGAAACAUAAAGCAGGAGCUGUACAGGACAGGAAACAUAAAGCAGGAGCUGUACAGGUCAGGAAACAUAAAGCAGGAGCUGUACAGGACAGGAAACAUAAAGCAGGAGCUGUACAGGACAGGAAACAUAAAGCAGGAGCUGUACAGGACAAGAAACAUAAAGCAGGAGCUGUACAGGACAGGAAACAUAAAGCAGGAGCUGUACAGGUCAGGAAACAUAAAGCAGGAGCUGUACAGGAAACAUAAAGCAGGAGCUGUACAGGGCAGGAAACAUAAAGCAGGAGCUGUACAGGGCAGGAAACAUAAAGCAGGAGCUGUACAGUUGGCACGCUGCCAGACACCUCCUCUACAGCAAGAGGAGAGACCUCCUCCACAGCAAGAGGAGAGACCUCCUCCACAGCAAGAGGAGAGACCUCCUCCACAGCAAAAGGAGAGACCUCCUCCACAGCAAAAGGAGAGACCUCCUCCACAGCAAGAGGAGAGACCUCCUCCACAGCAAGAGGAGACACCUCCUCCACAGCAAGAGGAGACACCUCCUCCACAGCUAGAGAGAGACCUCCUCCACAAUCGCUGGAGAAGUGGUUAUGGUGCUCUCUAUGCCAGGGCGUGGUCCCCGGCAACGGAGGUAACUUGCGACUCGGGUCUAGGCUCUCAGUGUCCCUCGUUUGACUCGGGUCUAGGCUCUCAGUGUCCCUCGUUUGACUCGGGUCUAGGCUCUCAGUGUCCCUCGUUUGACUCGGGUCUAGGCUCUCAGUGUCCCUCGUUUGACUCGGGUCUAGGCUCUCAGUGUCCCUCGUUUGACUCGGGUCUAGGCUCUCAGUGUCCCUCGUUUGACUCGGGUCUAGGCUCUCAGUGUCCCUCGUUUGACUCAGAUCUAGGCCCUCAGUGUCCCUCGUUUGACUUGGGUCUAGGCUCUCAGUGUCCCUCGUUUGACUCGGGUCUAGGCCCUCAGUGUCCCUCGUUUGACUUGGGUCUAGGCUCUCAGUGUCCCUCGUUUGACUCGGGUCUAGGCUCUCAGUGUCCCUCGUUUGACUCGAAUCUAGGCUCUCAGUGUCCCUCGUUUGACUCGGGUCUAGGCUCUCAGUGUCCCUCGUUUGACUCGGGUCUAGGCUCUCAGUGUCCCUCGUUUGACUCGGGUCUAGGCUCUCAGUGUCCCUCGUUUGACUCGGGUCUAGGCUCUCAGUGUCCCUCGUUUGACUCGGGUCUAGGCUCUCAGUGUCCCUCGUUUGACUCGGGUCUAGGCUCUCAGUGUCCCUCGUUUGACUCGGGUCUAGGCUCUCAGUGUCCCUCGUUUGACUCGGGUCUAGGCUCUCAGUGUCCCUCGUUUGACUCGGGUCUAGGCUCUCAGUGUCCCUCGUUUGACUCGGGUCUAGGCUCUCAGUGUCCCUCGUUUGACUCUGGUCUAGGCUCUCAGUGUCCCUCGUUUGACAAGAGGGACUCAUUCCCAUUCCAUUCCUGCUCAUUCACCCUUCAUGUGAUGAGCAGGGUCGACUCUUCCAUGCCCGCGACGCUGAGCUCUGAGACAGCUUUCAGUGCGGGGAUUAAGAUCACCAACACCUUCAUCAACGUCGCCAGAGACUCGAUAUCCAGUCAACCAGUCACUCAUUCUGAUAGAAAUGAAUCAGAUACCGUUUCCAAUAAAGAUAGAAAUGAAUCAGAUACCGUUUCCAAUAAAGAUAGAAAUGAAUCAGAUACCGUUUCCAAUAAAGAUAGAAAUGAAUCAGAUACCGUUUCCAAUAAAGAUAGAAAUGAAUCAGAUACCGUUUCCAAUAAAGAUAGAAAUGAAUCAGAUACCGUUUCCAAUAAAGAUAGAAAUAAAUCAGAUACCGUUUCCAAUAAAGAUAGAAAUGAAUCAGAUACCGUUUCCAAUAAAGAUAGAAAUGAAUCAGAUACCGUUUCCAAUAAAGAUAGAAAUGAAUCAGAUACCGUUUCCAAUAAAGAUAGAAAUGAAUCAGAUACCGUUUCCAAUAAAGAUAGAAAUAAAUCAGAUACCGUUUCCAAUAAAGAUAGAAAUGAAUCAGAUACCGUUUCCAAUAAAGAUAGAAAUGAAUCAGAUACCGUUUCCAAUAAAGAUAGAAAUGAAUCAGAUACCGUUUCCAAUAAAGAUAGAAAUGAAUCAGAUACCGUUUCCAAUAAAGAUAGAAAUGAAUCAGAUACCGUUUCCAAUAAAGAUAGAAAUGAAUCAGAUACCGUUUCCAAUAAAGAUAGAAAUGAAUCAGAUACCGUUUCCAAUAAAGAUAGAAAUGAAUCAGAUACCGUUUCCAAUAAAGAUAGAAAUGAAUCAGAUACCGUUUCCAAUAAAGAUAGAAAUGAAUCAGAUACCGUUUCCAAUAAAGAUAGAAAUGAAUCAGAUACCGUUUCCAAUAAAGAUAGAAAUGAAUCAGAUACCGUUUCCAAUAAAGAUAGAAAUGAAUCAGAUACCGUUUCCAAUAAAGAUAGAAAUGAAUCAGAUACCGUUUCCAAUAAAGAUAGAAAUGAAUCAGAUACCGUUUCCAAUAAAGAUAGAAAUGAAUCAGAUACCGUUUCCAAUAAAGAUAGAAAUGAAUCAGAUACCGUUUCCAAUAAAGAUAGAAAUGAAUCAGAUACCGUUUCCAAUAAAGAUAGAAAUGAAUCAGAUACCGUUUCCAAUAAAGAUAGAAAUGAAUCAGAUACCGUUUCCAAUAAAGAUAGAAAUGAAUCAGAUACCGUUUCCAAUAAAGAUAGAAAUGAAUCAGAUACCGUUUCCAAUAAAGAUAGAAAUGAAUCAGAUACCGUUUCCAAUAAAGAUAGAAAUGAAUCAGAUACCGUUUCCAAUAAAGAUAGAAAUGAAUCAGAUACCGUUUCCAAUAAAGAUAGAAAUGAAUCAGAUACCGUUUCCAAUAAAGAUAGAAAUGAAUCAGAUACCGUUUCCAAUAAAGAUAGAAAUGAAUCAGAUACCGUUUCCAAUAAAGAUAGAAAUGAAUCAGAUACCGUUUCCAAUAAAGAUAGAAAUGAAUCAGAUACCGUUUCCAAUAAAGAUAGAAAUGAAUCAGAUACCGUUUCCAAUAAAGAUAGAAAUGAAUCAGAUACCGUUUCCAAUAAAGAUAGAAAUGAAUCAGAUACCGUUUCCAAUAAAGAUAGAAAUGAAUCAGAUACCGUUUCCAAUAAAGAUAGAAAUGAAUCAGAUACCGUUUCCAAUAAAGAUAGAAAUGAAUCAGAUACCGUUUCCAAUAAAGAUAGAAAUGAAUCAGAUACCGUUUCCAAUAAAGAUAGAAAUGAAUCAGAUACCGUUUCCAAUAAAGAUAGAAAUGAAUCAGAUACCGUUUCCAAUAAAGAUAGAAAUGAAUCAGAUACCGUUUCCAAUAAAGAUAGAAAUGAAUCAGAUACCGUUUCCAAUAAAGAUAGAAAUGAAUCAGAUACCGUUUCCAAUAGAGAUAGAAGAUAG